AUUUUGGCAGAUCAUAUGCUGGACAAUCUUGAAAUUGAUUCUAAUUGGAAAAUGGGCUAUGCCUACUAUGAAUGCUUUGGCAAAGUGAAUGAUUGGUCAAAUAUUGUUUAUUUAUUUGCUCCUGCGGCCAUAAUGGUUUCCAUAAAUGUAACAUUCAUUAUUAUUACUGUCUGGCGCGUUCACAUGGAAAAUAGAAAGAAUAGAGACCAACUAAGGGAAUUGGGACAGCCUGAUUUGAAAAACAAUAUGAGAUUUAUAUUCUAUUUGCGAUUCUUCAUAAUCGCAUUCAUGGACUGGCUUAUCCAACUCACUGUGGUUGUUUAUAAUCUCACCGGCAAUCCACCUAAAUUUCUUCAAUAUAUCAUGCUUAAUUUGAGUCUGAUUCAUUGCAUUCUCGUCUUUGCAGUCACUGUUUUAAGAAAAGAUGUCCUACAAUUACUUAAUCGCUGCUAACUCGUAGCAUAUUCUUGAUUUUUUUUACA